AUGCAAGAAAUGGAAACAACCUCAAUGGAAACUCGACAACUUCAUUCAAGUCAACAAGAAGCGAUGAAAAAAAUAGCUGAAUUUUCAGGAGAAGCUAAUGAAAUCGACAUUGAUGAAUGUUUAUGCGAUUUAAAUAAUUUAUUUUCAUUAAUGGAAUUAACAGAUGAAACAAGAAUUCUUGAAAGAAUGGGCAAAGUAACAGGAUCAGCAUUACGAUAG